ACAUCAUUAUGGAGACAGACCAAGAGGCUUGCAAGGCAGCUGUGAGUUGUCCAGCUCCAAGCCAAGGAGCCGUCAAUACUGGCUGGCUGUCCUCCAACAAGAGAGGCCCCCCAGUGGCCAAGCCGCCAUCUGAUGGGACCUCUCGUUUCCAAGGGGACGGGGUUCGCUAUAAGGCCAAGCUGAUUGGCUUGGACUACGUCCCAGCGGCCCAGGGAGACAAGAUGUGUUUGGACUCCAUGAUGAAACUCAAGGGCCAGGAGGUGGCAGGCAGGAUCCAGGGACGACACAAGCAAAGGGUGUGGCUGAAGGUGUCCAUUACUGGUGUGAAAAUCUUAGAUGAGAGGACUGGGGUUGUGGAGUAUAACCACGAGAGGGGGAAGAUAAACUCCCUGACAAAGGAUGAGUCCGACCCUAGAGCCCUCUCCUACAUCUACGAUCACGAAGGCACCUACACCCUGUUCUACAUCAAGAUGGCUAAUUUGGCUGACCCUGUCCUUGAUGAUAUCAAAGAAGUCUGCCAAAGCCCAGUAACACAAGAGGACCAAGUCAUAAAAGUCAAUAAACCAGUAGAGAAUGCUGCCGCCUUACUGCUUCUUGAUGAGAUUAUAGCUUCUCCAAAGGGCCUGGAUGAUAUGGAAAUGUUCAAUUCCAUGCCUAGCUCUCCGUCAGGGCAACCAAAGCAGAUCUCAUCCAGGGACGAGCUGAUGGACAUCUUCUCUUUCACCAGUCAAAACUCUGACAUGAAUCAACCAGGAUCUCCACAGUCUCUGUCAGUUCCUCAGAUAGUUCCCACCUUCCCUGGUCAGCCGGUCGCUGUUGCACCAUUCAUCUCACCUGUUUCAAUACCUUGGGGCCAGCAAGGGCCCCUCCCAACUCUCUCGCCCAGUUCAAAUAGAACCUGGGGGGCUCCGGCCCCCUGGCUUUCCAAGCCCAGCAUGACCGGAUGGGUUCCGGGGCCGGGUGGCAUGAUGCCCUAUGGAGGCCCCCAGCUGCAGGGGUAUGGAGUGAACCCACAGCCAGGGGUUAUGUGGGGUCAGAACACAAUGAGCUUUCCCACCUCUGCCCCAAACUACACGCCCUACAGGGCAGAGGGACUUCAGCAGCAGCCCGGCUCUCCCACCACCAACAACAAACCAGCCCAGGGAUGAACUGGCUUAGAGAGGCACUGAAAUGUCCCUGUUGUCUUCAUGUCUGUAUGCUUAGCAUUGUCAGGGCCGGAUUACAGAACGGGCAUGCAGGG